CAACAACGACAAAAUGUUUCAUCUCAUUACUCCAACAGUAACAAACAGGACGCACAAGAGAAGAAAACAGAAAAGGGAAAGACAAAAACAAGGAUCCUCCUAUAUCCUUAUGCGGGUGUGCCUAUAUGUAUAUACGUACUGCUUUUUGUGCCAAAGUUGUGUGUGGUGUUGAAAAAAAGGUAAAAAGCGAAUGUGUUUGUGUUUGUGUGAGAAAGCGAUCCCCUAUCCUCAACCCCAGCUCACGAGCAACCCGACCCCUUUGACUCCAUCCAAAAAGGGGGUAUAAUGUUCCAACCAUCCGAUGUGCUUACAUCCCAUCGUCAUCACCACCCUCUUCCCCCCAACCCUUCCUCAUACCCAAUGCUCACUUUCCCUUCUUGGUAUCCCCCAUCUUGCGUUAACAACGGCAAUGACAACAACAACAACAACAACAACAAAACACCCUCCUCAACAAAAACAACAGCACCAACGAAGAGAAAACACUUUACCAAAAAAACAAGAAGAAAAAAAGAACAACGAGACAUAACUCCCCUCAACUAAAUCGCCUUCCCAACACUCCUCCCACUCCCCCCAGUCCCCACCCUCCUAAUCCUCUCCAUCCCCCCCUCCUCCUCAUCCCUCCAUCCACCCGUCCCAGUAGUCGGACUCCCACCCCUAGCCACAACCGCUGGCCCAACAUCCGGCCCGGGAUCCCUCCACCCCCCACCUUCCUCAAACCCCCCCAAACUACUCACCCCACUAGAGUACUUGCUCGAAAAGCUCUCCGCCCUCUGGCCCCUUUUCACCACCACCGCCGACUGCGGCUUCCUAAUAACCACACUCCCACUCACGCUCCCUGUCCCUACCGUCCCUGCCGUAGACGAAAUAAUGCUCGCCUUUUUCCCUUCAAUCAGGAUAGGAGGGGGUAUAUUCCCCAUGCCGAGGAACUCUGGCCUUUCAAGGUCAAAGGGGUCAGAGCGGAAUUUGUUGCGGCCCGGGAUGGUGGUUGUUGUUACUGUGGUGGUGAAGGAGUCGCGGAUGCUGUCGCGGUAUAGGGUUGAUUGUUCGCGGGGGGGACCACCGGUGGUAGUAAAAGAUUGGCCUCGGGAGCGGCGGAUGUCGGAUAUGUAGGUUGUUGGUUUGCCUAUGGCGUUGGCGUCGGAGAAGGGGUUCAACGGCGGGGGUUGGGCUGAGGAGCGGGGAGGGAGGGUGACGGCGUUGGCGUCGCUGAAGGGGUUGUUGUUGUUGUUGUUGUUGUUGUUGUUGUUUUGGGAGGUGGAGGAAGAAAAGGGGUUGAGUCCGGAGAGGAAGUGAUCUGUGCUAGAGGUGCUCCUCCGGUUGUUGCGCGACAGUGACCCGCGGCGGCGUUGGGCUUCGUGGUCGAGUUCGGAUUCGUCCAUUCCUAGCAGGGUCAGAAAGUCGGGUUGUUGUUGGUUUUGGCUGGGCAGGUUGUUGGCCAUGGCGUUCUUCUCCGCGGUGGCGUUGUAGUUGCCCAUCGCUGCUAGGUUGUCACUUGCCGGGUCUCGGUUCUUGAAGCCAAUAUCGGGUUUCAUCCGGGAGAAGAAGUCGACGAAUCGGUCUCUGGCUGAUGCUUCACCUCCGCGGGUGUUGACUCCUGCUGAGCCGUUCCUGCUGUGGGCGAUGUCGUUCGCGUCGAUGAACUGCGACGUGCCCCGGUCCAGGUUGACCGAGUGCGAGCUGCUGCCUCCUGUCUUGUUUCUGACGUGGGCGCGGAACUUGUUGAAGUUGAUCCCCAGGGCCGCCUUGACUUUCUCGCUCACUGGGGUUGGACCGAUGCUCCCUCGCUGGAUGAUAUAGGGGCCCCCUUUUUCGUGUCUGUCAAAGGAGGUCGCAUCGAGCGGAGUCAGAAGAGUGCUCCGUCUUUUCCUGAGCAUCCGACGCCUCCACCACCAGAAGAAGAAGGCCAGUAUGCUGAGGGCAACCACACCUCCGAUGACACCUCCUGCCACGGCCAAGGUUGAUUGCACUGCGUUGCUGUUGGAAGCUCCUGAUGAACCUGCUGUCAUGUCGGUAUCGGGAAAGGCUCCACCACCAGCCGUGCCCUGAGGCGGCACGCCCCCAAUGGUGGGCGAGACCGGUGUUGCUGCUGGGCCCCCAUCAGGAAAGACUCCCGGGGGACGCGAUAGAGAAUCCGAACUGUCCGUCUCCGAAGUCCCUGGCAGCGCAUUGGUAGAAGAGGCUAUUACUCUGUUAUCAGUCUGACUGUUCCGCGUGGCAGACGGCUCAACCAUGAACUGCUGAGACGGGGCAAGUUCUGCAAUGACAGUGAAGGACUGGAGAUUAGCGCCAGCAUCAGGCUGGAGUACAAUAGGCAGAGGAGACAACGACGACACCGGCGGCGGGGGGGCGACCGGCGGCGGAGAGAUCUCGGCUGGUGCCUGUACCACUUGCACCGAUUCUGGCGCUGGGCUGGGAGGUGUAAUGAUGGGUGAGUUGAUGACAGCCGGGGGGGAGCUCGUCGUACUUGGAGCAACAAUCUCUUGCUCUACUUCAUUGCCAUCAUUGGCAGCAGGAUCUGCUCUGUUGUCUCCUGCCCCUACCACUACCACUGCUGUCGUCUCGGCUGGUGCUGGCUCGGGCGUCGGCGUCGGCUGGACCUCGAUGAUGGCUGGCGGCGGUGUCGUCUGGACGGGGGCUGGCGUGUUCACGUCGGGCGACGCAACUGCCACCUUGGGUAUUGCCGUACAUCUCCUCCCCUCGAUCGAUGUGAAGAAUGCUCCCGCUGGGAGGUUGUUUGAUGCCAUCUUGUUCUCUUUGUUUUUUCUAAACCCCUGCACACACUCUCUCUCAAUCGUGUUCGGUUCGGCGAGGCCAGUCGCUAUCGAAGGAAAGGUCAAAAAAUACAAUCAAAAAAAGGGCGACUCAAAAGAAGCGAAGAUGCUUGGCAUCUAGGGCCUUCUAGGGCAUUGCUAGAAUCAUAAGAUGAGUAUGAAAAGAAGAGAGAGAGAACGGGCAGGUAUCUCCUGUCGAAGGAGAUGGCAAACAAGUGACGGCCUGCGGCUAAAGUUGAACUCAACACAACACCCAGAAAGUGGUGAUGCCGGGUGAAUAGACGAGGAGACGGGGAGGGAGAGGAUGAGAUCUGAGGUUGGGGAUAGGGCACGGUGGUGAGAGAGGCACGACUGGCGCUCUCACGAUGUGCCCCUCGCUCGACGGCAGCAUGUCCCAAAGGGGACGACUCUGACAUUCAGCACGGGCAGCAUGAUGGUUGGCAGUGGUUUGAUGGACGACAGUAGGGGUUCUGGGCGAGCUGCCAUUGGCUGGACGAGGACAAGACGUCGGAGAGCACGCGCAGGGGAUCACCCGUGAGGCUCUUGAUCUGAGUGUGGUUCCAGAAACGUUGUGGUGGUGCUGACCCCUGUCCUGUGACAGUCUUGAGGCAUCUUCCCCGCUGCCCCUUUUUGCGGGGAACGGGCGCUUGUUCUGGGCAGUGGUGAUGUUAGCCAGAGGCAGUCAAAGACGAGAUGAACCAUGGUGAAGAUGAGUAUAAACUGUAGGAUGCGAGUGUCGACAUGUAUAUUGUCAGAAAUGUCGGUGCUGCUCACUCCAGAGGCCCAGCAAGUGAGAGUUGCUCCGUACCUUAGCCAAAUGUUCAUCAGCCAGACUGAGGUUGGCAUUGGAGAAACACAGAUGGUUGAGCAUCUUCUGAAACAGGGACUGUUCGGCAGGGGAAACGCCGGAUCCGCUUCAGUGCACCACCACACCACCAUUUGACAAGCUCAAAAUGCCCCAAUUGGGUUUAGCUGUGGUCGUUGAUGCGAACGCGAUGGCGCGAGGUCCCGCGACAACGGGCACGUCCGACCGAACCCCCGGGAAGCGGAGCCCAAGCUUCGGACCCCACGCCGCCAUCCCCGUUCAGGCCGGAGAGGAGAUUGUAGAAUGCGGUUGGGUGAUGCUUCGAGUCGUCGCCUUACGUGGCAGUUUGAGACGAAGAACUUGAGAUGAACCCAACUGAGGAAGACAACGAAUAAUACAUGAAUCCGCCCACCGCCGAACGAGACUGCGUGGACGCACGGUUCAUUUCGGUUCGGCACGCUCUCUUAUGCAACGCCAACGAAUGUCAACUCCCCCGCUUCCCGCCCCUCCGAAGGUGUAUUCGUAGCUCUCCACCGCCGCCAGAACCACUGCUGCUUUUCCUCGAAGUAGAGGAGAGACUACGGAGUAAUCAAUUCUAAUCGAAUUCCUGUGCUUCCAUCACACACACACACACACACACACACACACACACACACACACAGUUGUGUGCGAGCCCAGACCUGAUCGGUGAUAACAGCUAAGGUCCCCUGUGCCUAGGCGUCUGUCGUUUCGAUUCCUGAUCAACCUCGCUUCCUUUCCCCGCAAAACAGCCUUACCUAAGUAAUCAAAAUGUUUGGAAGUCUACAUACCCUCAUUCCUGCCGCGCCGGUAUUGUCCAACAUCAAGCCCGAGGACAUCCCACCGCCUACACCUAUCAAUUUUCCCCAAUGCUAUCCCCAGGUCCAGAAUGACGAUCAGCAACAAACCGACUCGGCUCCUGAGGGCCGGGCCCGGAAGCCGGUUACGAAGUUGCUGCAGAGCAUAGUGCGGCCAACUGACCUGUCCAUAUCGCACCUGGAAGCCUUGGGAGUGCACGUCGUCCCGGACUCGCCCCCCCAGGAGCUCGUCCCAGACCCGUCCUUCAUCCCGGACUUUGCUGCUUGGGAUGCCCUCUCAGGUGAGGAGGCCCAUCUGAAAAACGAAUCUACCAGGAAACGUCUGAACAAUGGCGCACUGUCCCCCGGCUGCCAGACUUACCUGGACCGGAAGCGUGAGCUGUCUAUCGACAAUGAUGCCGCCUACCGGACCGUCCGUAGGUUGCCCGCCCCCAAAGGUCAACCUCAAGCUCGGUUAGGAAAUGCCUAUGAGUUCUACCGUCACCUCGAGCUGUUCACAUCCUACUGGGAUGACACCUCGAAACCAACACCGCCUGGGCCUAAGCCAGCAGAAACCACAUCUUCAGAAACUGCCAGUGGCGCAGAAAGUGACGCCAAAGAGAAGGAAGACGAUGCCAACACCCCCAAGAAAGCCCAAUACUUCAGGACUUUUUCCGGUGACAAGAUGCCCCCGGACUACCGCGGCGGCAUGGUCACCGCCUUCCUCAAGCUCGUAGCCUACGACUUUGGCUGCAACGUCACCUCCCCCCGUGUCGAACCCCGUCUCCUCAUCACCACCAACCAGUCUUCCCCCCGGUCUCGCAGUUCCUACUUUACCUCCGGAUGCACAUUCCUCUUCCGCUCACCCACCACCCGUGAAGCCGCCCGCGCCGGUGUAGUCGAAGGCCCCCUCGCCACCGUCUCAGCCCGGCACACCACCGCCUUCCCCCCAAACCCCUCAACAGACAGGGAAUCCCUCCUCGACCUCUCCCGCGAGCUCAUCGCAGCCCUCAUCACAGCCCAGCACCGCGCCCGCGAAGGGAAAACAGAGAAACGUAUCGGGGAAAACGCCUGGUGGGCCACCAAGCCCAGGUGGGGAGGCGGUCCGGGAGGUCCCAUAGGAAGGGAAAUCGAAGCCCAAUCCGCCAAGUCAACCCACGACGUCAUCCUCGGCGACAAGGACGUCCCUCCUCCCCCUGUUGUCCCCCCUUCUCCUGCUAUUCCCUCUUCGCCAGCACCCCCUCCUUCCUCGGCACCAUCAAUAACCAGCUCCCUCGCCCGCCGGCCUUAUUCUUCGCUUUCCCCCUCCUCCUCAAGAAGUAGCUCCAGCUCUGGCUCAAGCUCGAAACGUCUAAAGACAAAGUCGGCCAAAGACGGAAAGCAAAACCCUAUUUAUGACGCGUACCGCCGUGUUCAACCUCCUAACUCGACGUGGGACAAAAAGGCAAAGUAUACUGCUAUUGGAAGGGUCAAAACAGCGGGGUAUGAUGAUAUUUUUGUCAUUUCCGGGUUAUUCCACCACAUCAGCGUUGUCCGCGUCAGGGUGCCAAACAGGUUGUUGGAAGUGCUAGAGGGGGAUUUGAACGAGAUUGACAAGAGGGGGGGAAGGAGCUGGGGGAAGAUUGAGGUGAGAAGGAGUCAGUGGUUUGACUUCUUCAAGGUGGAGGAGAGGAUCGAGGCGGUGCAGCUGCUUUGGGGGCUUAUGGCUUGGUUGAUGAGGGAGGAGGAGACGGGGCAGGGGGCAGGGGAUGUGGUUAUGAGUGGUUGA